AUGGCCGACUUAUCUCGACAAUAUUCAAGCCAGUCGUCUCAGCACUCGAGCCCAUCCGUUUAUGAUUCACCCAAGUCCGGCUUAUAUAGUAUCCUUCGCUCGAGGCUCGUGGCGUGCGACAGAACAGAUGAAGCUCAACAUUUUUCUCGUUUCUCAUUCCUGCCAUUGAGCGCUAUAGACGAGGUCGUAACUACAGACGUAGUCAAAACCGUUUCAGGCAACCGUGGUUGGUUCACAUGGCGUCGAGGUGAAGAUUACUCCCAGAUGGCCAAACAAGCCAAAAAGGUGUUUGCGAUCCUUGGGUUCUUCGAGGCUCCAACCCUUAUCUCGACUUUGUUCGAGGACGGACUUAGGGACAAGCAUCUCCCUCUCACAAGAGUGGAGAGGUCUAGGGUCUUGGUUGGUUCUCGAGGCAGAGAAUUCACGUCGUUCCAGAAACUGAGCGAUAUGGAUGUUGAGAACUUUCUUCGCUGCCAGUGGUACGCUCUCGCACCGGUGUUUACUGCACUUAGCAGCGACGUUCAUGUCGACAGGGAAAUAUGCGUAACAAAGGAUAACCCUUUGCCAUUCUUUGACGUUAAAAAGAUAUCCUCAAUCCCUGGACGAAGCACUGUUUACCAAGGCACGCUUCAUGCAGCGCACAUAAAACCUAGACCUGACGAGCAUGUCAAAAUAGCUAUUAAGGACUUCACCGACAAGACUGAUUUCGACAAAGAGAAGGGCAACUUAGUCAAGAUCCAGAAGCUCAACCACCCACAUCUGAUACGGCAAAUCGCUACCAUCGAACAAGGGAAAUCAUAUUAUAUCAUCUUUCCUUGGGCAAGUGGAGGAAAUCUCUCUGACUUCUGGAAGUCUCCCCGUACACCGGAGACAGAAUACCUCAAACCUCUCACGUGGUGCCUUGAGCAAAUGUUUGGCCUCGCGGAUGCUUUAUUCGCCCUGCAUCAUAAGUUAGGUGAUCACAAGUUAGACGGCAUGCAUUGUCGACAUGGUGAUCUGAAGCCUGAGAAUAUCCUCUACUUCGACGGGACCUUAGUCAUCGCAGAUGUUGGUGUGUCCAAAGUGCACGUUCUAGGAACAGAUUUGCGACACGACCCAACGAACACAAAAGCCACCACACCAUGCUACGAGCCGCCAGAAGCUGAAACAGAUACUAAACGCCCAAGGAGAUACGACAUGUGGUCGCUUGGCUGCAUAUUUAUGGAAUUUAUUAUCUGGCUAUUGGAAGGCUAUGGAGCAAUCGAGGACUUCAAAAAGCAGCGCAGAGGCAACGACGACCCCUUUCCCCAGAAAGGAGCAUACUAUCAACACAAUAAACCGGAGCCCGCAAUUGUCCAUCCUGUUGUAACCGCCAAGAUCGAGGCACUACGGCAGCACCCUCGAUGUACAAGUCAGCUGACAUCUCUCCUGAAAUUGAUUUCCGAAGACCUUAUUGUAGUUGACCCCCUAAAACGUGCAGAGGCAGGGGAAUUAAGAGACAAACUCAGAGGAAUCGUUCGCCAAAGAACGGGCAAAGACCCAGGCUAGUUGAAGUGCGCGGCCCGCUCCUCAGAGCACCUGGUCCCGUCACGCUCGGCGAUAUGGUGGCUGUUACGGAUGAUGGCGUUGGGCCGCGCCCUACUUACAUACUUCAUAGUACAGAAUAUUCUCACUCGUUUCAGGUUAAUGCAAGCUUCGUGCCCAAUCAAGCCCUACGAUAUAAAGUGCUUCCCCAUCGGGAGGGCUUAUGCUGUGAAGGGGGGUGACACCCCUAUGGUAGAUGCCUCUAGAAUCAGCAGGCUGUUCUCUCACCCCACGCAUUGCGGCGUGUGUAAAAAGCAGGGGUAGAUGUAUAUGACUUCCCCGUCGAGUGGCGAUGUGAUUCACGCAGGCUUCCCCGCACUCUGCCCACACCAUAAACUAUGACCCCGAAAACGUCGGACAUUGUCACAGGCACAAGG